GGCGGGGCGGAGGGGAAUCUCAGAGAGGAGGCCCGGCCCGGCCCGAGAGAGGCAGUGGCCAGUGGGGGGGACCGGGACCGGAGUCGGCGCAGAGCGAGCGGAGCCGGAGCCAUGGUGGCAGCGGCGGAGAGAGGUAUAAAGAGAUUCCCGGCCUCAAGGAGCUGGUCUGCGCAACCUUACCUUUGUGCGGAGACCCACUGAAAUUAAUCGGGACUGGCAUGGGCUUAUUACAGGUUCCUAGUGCUUUUCUUCAACUGCCUCUUGACUUUUGGCUCUUACUUCUGCUUUGAUAUUCCCAGUGUCCUGCAGGAGCAGUUUCAAGGGGUUGGGAAGUGAGUGGUGGAGAUGAGUCUAGAAAGGAAGUCAAAACCAGGCUCUUGUACCUAUUGAGGCCCACCACCCAAAAAGAAGAACCUAACCUGCCCCAAUGGAACCCAGCAUAAUGGCACUGGACAUAAUGGCACAUUGGCCUGCGUGGAAGGUCUGGGGAUGACGCCUGCACAGUACAACCUGCUGUAUGCAAUCUAUGCUUGGACGAAUGCGCUGGUGGUGAUUCUGGCUGGAUUCCUGAUUGAUAAACUGGGAAAUCACUUUGGUGUCUUUCUUUUCUCUUUCCUGAUUGUCUUGGGAUCGUCCAUCUUCGCUCUGGGCUCUCACUUCAAGGGAACUCAGUACCUUCUGCCGCUGAUGCUGAUGGGACGGUUGCUGUUUGGAUCUGGGAAUGGGUCACUUACCAUUGUGCAGAAUCGCAUCACUGCCUUCUGGUUCAAGGGGAAGGAACUGGCCUUGGCAUUUGGACUGACCCUCUCCUUCUCCCGGCUUGGGAGUGUCCUCAACUUCUUCUUCACCCAGCAGUUUGAGACCCACUUUGGUAUCCAGUGGACACUCUGGGGAGGUACCCUGCUCUGUACGUUGGGUUUUAUUUCAGCCAUCACAGUCAGCAUGUUGGACAAAGUGGGCAUGAAGCAGCUUGGCUUGGAUGGGGUUAUCCAGCAAGAGUCCAAGAAAGUGCGAGUUCAGGAUGUCCGGCGACUGCCACUUCGCUACUGGCUCCUAGUCCUAACCAUCAUGUUCUUCUACAACGGGGUCUUCCCUUUUGUGGCAGAUGCCAGCAAGUUUAUCCAGGAUAAGUACUCUGGCUACAGUCAGCAGGCAGCCGCUUACAUUGCUGGGGCGGUAUAUGACAGCUCUCUUGUUCUCUCUGCAGCAGUUGGCAUAUUAAUCGACUAUGUAGGACUGAGAGGUGUGUUUGCAGUUGGUUGUGCUGUGCUGACUCUGCCAGUCUUUGCUCUCCUGGCAUUUACAUUCGUUCCUCCGCUUGUGUCUACCAUCUGGCUGGGGAUCACUUACUCCUUUGCUGCUGCGAGUCUGUGGCCAUCCAUACCCCUUGUGGUUCCCCAGGCAACAUUAGGUACAGCUAUGGGGCUUGCAACCUCUGUGCAGAUGAUUGGAAGUGGUCUCUCCAAUCUGAUCGUUGGACACAUUCUGGGAACCAAGUCCAGUGAACUAAAGAUCCCACUAUGGCGCUGGCAACAGAUGAUGAUCUUCAUGCUGGCAAACACCAUUGCAUGCAUUACUGCCUCUGUUAGCCUCAACGUGGUGGACAAGCAGCAGGGUGGGACACUGAACAGAGCAACAAAGCGAUCAUCUGCAGAACAAGUCAGACAGCCUGUAGACACAGCACCGCUCUUGGAUGAAGUGGGAGAUGAAGGGUUAAUCAACUAACAAGCAUCAGGAUGCCCUAUUUUGGAUCCUACAGUGACAGAGUACAACUACAACUGGUUGCUGGCACAGUAUUGUCCCUCUGUAUUUCCAAUUGUAUGCUUUUAAGGAAUACAUUGUAAUAUUUUUGGGUUUUUGUUUUUUUUUAACAAGGGUAACCUUAUUCAGGCAUCCAUGAAAACAAGCUGGUAUGAAGGGAAUUAUGCAUAUGAAGGGAAAGUUGUUUUGUUCCUUGUGUCAGGAACAAAUCAGCCAUAUGGUACAUUAAGCCAGUGAUGAAGCUUAUGUGGUGCACUUUUUGAAAUGGACUACACUACAAUGUUUAGAGUCUAAACUCAGUCCACCUGCAGUUUGUUCUAAGCAACUAUAUACCAUCUUAUAAUUCACCUUAAUUCAUCAUUAUAAAUGUAUCAAUGUAAGGUAUUUCAUUAAAAUAUCACUGCACCUUCACAGUGGCGUGAAUGGGUUGAGUAGCCUUCCAUUUCAAUAAUUGCGGUUGAUUGACAAUGUCCUUUCACAAAUUCAUUGUGUGUAAAUAAGAAUGCCACUUUGUCCUGGUAAAGGCUGUUGGAAUUGUUUUACUUAUUUUAAAUUGGCAAGACCAAUUAUGUGAAAACUAGCCAAACUUUUUGCUUAACACUCCCACAAGCUGCAUUAUUCAGAUACAGCAAUGUUGCCUUCAAAUUGUAUAAAACUGUUGAACAAAAAUAGUAAAUAAACCCCCUUAAAACCUGAUCUUAUACUAGCGAUUGUCAGUGCACAUUGAUCAUUGACCUGUACAGAUAUGUAAAACAAUCAUCUUUACUAUGCAACCUCUUGAAUGGUGCUCUUGUAAGCACUGAGGAUGAUGCUUCAAGUGUGUGUUAAUUUCAUUGUUAAACAGAGGUGAGAGCAACCACUUGAAAGAUGCUUUGCUAAAAAAGAAAAAAAGACAGGUUUGGAAGUUGCUGCUUGUACAUGGUUAAACAAUUGCAGAGUAAAACUACUAACUUCUGUAUUAAUGUGAGAACAAAAGGUGUACUGAUGAGUCCAAUAAAGUAACCUUUUCUAAA